UCCUGCGCGCGCCAGUUAUCACGAUAUCCCGCGGCGGAAACAUCGCGAGAACACGACAGAGUUACAAAUCGCCUGCCUAUUGGUCUGAGGGGUUAGUUGUUGUAAGAUGGCGCCCAGCGAAAUAUGAGUGGUUAAGAAAAAAAAAGGCAGCUAGCUAUCUGACGAACAUCGUGGGGGGGAUUAAAAGAACAAAACCGGACACACGGAGACGUUAGCAGCAGCAGCUCGCUUUCGUGCUCGGUGGAAGAGGAGUGACGUACCGAGGGGUUAGAGAAGAGGCUCGGCCCGGUUGAGGAAGAGAGAACCCCCCUCUAUAGAAGAAGACAGCGAUGAAUAACUCCCUGGAUGGUGCGGGCUCCUAUGAGGAGCUUGUGAGGCAGAAAGCUCGGAGCAUCCCUCAGCACCGCAUGAAGGAGUUCUUGGAGUCCCUGGCAAGCAAAGGUCCAGAUGCCCUGCAGGAGUUCAGCCAGCAAAGUGGUGAUACUACAACCACAACCACCACUAUGGUCUACCAACAAGAGGCUAACUGCAUCUACACGGACAGCACGGAGGUGGCGGGGUCAUUGUUGGAACUGGCGUGUCCGGUUCAGGUGCAGGUCCAGCCGCAGCAACAGAUACAGGAGUCCACGGCUCAGCAGCAGUCUGUACAACAGAAUACAGAGCAACAGAUAGUGCAGGUGCAGAUCCAGGGCCAGCAGCAAGGUCAGAUGCUGGGUCAGGUACUCCAAGUACCCUCUGGCUCCCACCAACAGCUUCAGGGUGUGACCACUGCACAGUUGAUUCAGCCUGGGGAUCUCACAGAGGAGCAGCACCAGCAGCUGCAGGCCCAGUUGGUGGCAGCUGUUGCAGGGGGACAACAGAUCCAAAUCCAGACUGUGGGCGCCCUAUCUCCCACCCAGCAGCAGGACAGUGCUGAGAGGAGGGUACUUGGAACCACCGUUGCCACAUCACAGGGAGCCGGUGUCCUCCAGCCAGCCAAGAAGCGCAAGGUUGACAUGCCCAUUACUGUGUCCUAUGCUCUGCCUGGUCAGCAAGUAGCCACAGUGCUGGCUAUCCCUCAGGGACAGGGACAGCAGCAGAGUUAUGUCUCCCUGCGACCAGACCUCCUAACUGUGGACAGCUCCCACCUUUACAGCGCUACAGGCACUAUCACCAGUCCGACAGGAGAGACCUGGACAAUCCCUGUCUACUCUGCUCCCGCUGGUUCUGGAGGCCGUGAGCAGGUCACACACAUCGCCAUCCCGCAGGAAGCCUAUGGAACAGUGCAGGUCGCUGGGACAAACACUACAACCAUGACCACAAUGCCAACACAAGUUACUGUUGAAAAUGACAAGCUGAAAAUCCCUGCCAGUCAAAGUCAGACAGCGCAGGCCGUUUCCAGCAUAACAAGCUCUGGAGGAAUGGGAGGCGAAGAAGUGGUGCACACGCUGGCUGCAAACACACUUUUCCCUGCCCAGCUGAUGAAUGGGAACAUCCACAUCCCAGUGGCAGUGCAGGGCUACUCCAACGCUACACAGUCCCUUAUCUGGGAUCCACAGCAGCAGGUGCUACACACACAGGGGCUGUCAGGGCAAGAUGCACAACAGCUACAGGGUCAGACAGUGGUAGCAGAGGUAGAUGGCCAAGGCCAGCAGCAAGUGCAGGUGCAGGAGCUGCUGCUGCCCGCCACUCUGAAGCCAGAGGAGGGGCUGGACGUGUGGCGGCUUUGGGCUCAGCGGAAAAACGCUGAGAUGGACAAAUCAGACAAAAAUAAACUGGCCCCAAUCGGCCGACGCCAGGCACUGCGUUUCCAGGAGGACUUGGUGUCAUGUGCAGUAGCAGAGCUCUGCAUGGGUCUCUCAUUGAUGACAACAGAGGCUCGAGGGCUGGAAGGGGAGUCUUAUGAGGCUGAUGUUCUCUACUAUGUAUUUCUUUGCAUACAAAAAUAUCUGUUUGAUAACGGUCGCGUGGAUGACGUUUUCUCAGAUCAGUACUACACUCGUUUCGCACACAGUCUGCACCAGAUCUUGGAUCCGUGGAGACCAGCUAUUCAUCCGCUAGGUUACGUUAUCCCCAGCCACGUGACGGAGGAGAUGCUGUGGGAAUGUAAACAGCUGGGAGCUCAUUCUCCCUCAACACUGCUCACAACUCUAAUGUUUUUCAACACCAAGUAUUUCCACCUGAAGACAGUGGAUCAGCAUCUAAAAGUGGCCUUUUCCAAAGUGCUGAGACACACAAGGAAGAGUCCCAACAACCCCAAAGACAAGAGCACCAGCAUCCGAUACCUAAAGUCAACAGAGAGGUUCAUAGGACAAAAAGUCACAGAUGACAUGUACUCAGAGCAGCUGGAGGAUCCAGAGAACCCGCUGCGAUGCCCCAUCAAGCUCUACGAUUUCUACCUCUUUAAAUGUCCACAGAGUGCUAAAGGUCGCAACGACACCUUCUACCUGACUCCCGAGCCUGUGGUGGCUCCGAACAGCCCCAUCUGGUACUCGACUCAGCCGAUCUCAAAAGAACAGCUGGAGCAGAUGCUUGCCCGCAUCCUCGUCGUCCGUGAAAUCCAGGAAGCCAUUAACAUGUCGGAGAGCGUGCACUAGUUGUACCGGAGGAGGAGAAGAAUAAAAUGGACUAGACUCUUCCGCUUUCUCUUCACCCAGCCUUUUCAUUGCUCAUUAUGAGUAGUUUUCUAUCCUCUUACACCCUCUUGUGGUCUUUAAGGGUGGCAUGUAUGUAUGUUUAUAUUCAUUGUGUCAGCAUAUCGUGUACACAAACACACACACACACACGGACUGUACAUACACAUACAACCAAUACAGAUAAUUUGUCUUAUUGAGGCAGUCUUUCAACCGUACCAUGUUUUUCUUUCUUUUUGUUGUUUGGCCAAAGGAUGUAGGAUGUUUCUUUUUAUUGGACCUGAACUCUAAUUUAAAUGUUAUUUUACUUGUUGGUUCUCCUCACCAAUAGUCUGAAACAAUAGUUGAUUUUAUUUCCUGUCUUUGUUUUAAUCUGUAAUAUAUUUCAUAUAUUUUCUCUGGGGUCGGCCUGCGCUAUGCUGCUUUUCUUAAA